AUGGACAACGACUCUGAUUCACACGGCCCAUCUCCCCAUCCCCAGACAGCAAGAGCAGUUGCAACCCUUUUGGUUUCUCAAUCGCGUACCUCCACUGAGCUCCCCGGUCACGCAAACUCAGAAGAGGCUUUAAAGCAUAAUGAUACUACUUCUUAUGCGUUUUGGAAUCCUAUCUGGCUCGGCCGCUACGUCCUAGGUACUUUCUCAAUAUUGUUCGCGGCUCUAUCUGCUGCGAUUGUUGUUCUUUAUUGCAUCUCUACUAGCAAGCAUGGCCUGGGAACUUAUACCAAGCGCAUGGAAGUUGAAUACUUUUGGAAGUAUCUUCCAACAUCUGUCACUGUCCUUCUUAUGGCUGUUUGGGGCCAGGUCGAUUAUUCCACCAGACUACUUCAGCCUUGGGAAAAUCUUCGAAAACAUACAGCGCCAGCCAACCGCACCAUUUUCUUGGAUUUGAUAUCUCCGAUGCAACCAGUAUACUGGGCAUCUGCACUAAGGCAUCGCGAAUGGGCCGCUGCUAUAACAGUUACAGUUUGUAUAGCAUUGCAGAUAGCUAGGGUUUUCUCCACCGGUCUAAUGACACUCGAAUUGACGGAGCUUACUUCCAAUGGCCUCGUUGUGUCAAAGCAAGCUGAGUUUGACCCUUCGGCAUUGAACUCGUCCGAUCAUGGAAAUAGUGCUGGUGCAAUUUACCAAAGCAUCCAUACAGCAAACAUGAGCUACCCAGACUGGACUUUCGAGGACUAUGCAUUAGAGCCAUUUCAGCCUAUAGGUUCUGUCAUGAAACGGACUGCGAAACGAUAUGCUGGAGAAGUUAUGGCAUUUUACCCAUGGCUUGAUUGCGAAAAGGUAACGCUUAAAGACAAGUGGGCCCAUCCCACAUCAUACCAAACAAGCCCAUAUGUGCUUGAUAUAACUCUACAAUCGUCGUCUUGCAAUGCUUCUACCACCAUAACUCUUCAAAGAAUUCAUGGGGGCCCAGGGGGGCCAAAAGACGACACAUAUGAUUAUUACGAUGGCGUAACGGAACUUGUAUCUUGUGGUAAAAGUCAAAAAUAUCUCAUCGUUGUUACCCAUGGCAGUAGUCUAACAGGUCAUUUCAGCGGAGCGAUAUGUCAACCAAAUUACUCUCUCAAACCUUUAUUUGUCAAAGUGGACAAUUUUCUCCAAGUUUUGACCGUUGAAACUAGACAAGAAAAAAACGAAACGGAUCGAUCAUUCAGAUCCUCCACCCUGGACCCCAUGGACCUCUUCCAAGCCGUCUUAAAUCAUUCCAAAAGCGUAAGGUUUCCUUCGUCAUCGUCCGAUAACAACAACGGUUUCUUAAAACUGGUCUCAUUACCCACAUCUCAAGGAAUUUUUGAGCCUACGGCACCUUAUAUGAAGGACCUAUUAGACACAGAUGUCUUGAUCAAACAAACAGAAGCGACAUUCAAGGGAAUGGCUGUUCAGAUAGCUGCAUUGAGUCUACUAAACCCUCAUUACAAAGCUGUGAACGGCUUCGUCGAUUAUGAAGCUGAACGUCUCCAGGUAAAACUCACUUCCGUCAUAGCUAUUGCUAUUUGUUUCGGUCUGUGCUCGAUCCUCUCACUUUUUAUGCUAUGCGCUAGACCGUGGAAUGCAGCACCGCGCGACCCUAACAGUAUCGGUGGUAUUGCAGCAAUUUUGCACUCCAGUACACAACUCAAGAGCGUAUUCAAAUACUCUCUACAGGAGAACAAAGACGCUUUUGCUGGCCAAAGACUGAUUGGUACUAUUGUUGCAGAGACUGGAGCAUAUCAAGUUUCUUGUACCGGUGAAAAAGACUUGAAUCAGGAGCCAUCCGACAAAAAAUCUAACACUGGAAAAAAGAAGGGGUGGCAACCUCUGACACUCAAUUUUUGGUCAAGAAUUGCUACACUCAUUGUCACUGCGGCUAUCAUCAUAGUUCUGGAGGUUAUCCAGCGCAUCUCCAACCGCUCUCACGGCUUCACUAACGUCGCUUCGUCGAAUCUCGGGACGGCUGCCUCAACUUAUAUUCCAACUUUAGUCAUGACAGGGGUGGCUGCAAUGUACUCAUCACAGAAUUUCAACGUUGUGCUCUUGUCACCAUAUCGGGCCUUGCGAACUGGUGGUUCGACUGCAAACCGCAGCAUACUAAGUAAAGACCUUGGACGAUUACCGCUUUUCUCAAUAUUUUCAUCUGCCAAGAAAGGAUACUUUGCUUCGUGCGCAACGGCCAUUGCUGCUAUGAUUGGUGCUCUCCUUACCGUUGCAGUAUCAGGCCUCUACACAUUGGACCGUGUGGAUUCUCCUCUACCAAUCUCCCUAAAGCGACUCGAUCGCUUUGGGACCAUAUGGGAUGGAGACGUAUAUGCUGAUAACUUUGCCGGCUCUACUUUACGCAGCAUUGUCUGGCAAAAUAUUUCCUAUCCCAAAUGGACCUAUGGAACCCUGGCAUUCCCAUCCCUACUUAUCGACGAUGUAAAAGCCAGGGAAAGGACAAGACUCGAAGCAACCCUACCAGCUCUGAGGGGAACUCUGAACUGCACAAUUGUCGACCCCAAGGAGAUGGAAUAUACAAAACAAUCCGAAUCAUCAUCUAUCACACUCCUCCGCUUACAGACACUGAACACUUGUUCUAUCGGGGGACGAAUGAGCCAACUGGAUCGAACAUUAGAAGAUGGACACGUGUUGUUUCACGGAAGUGAUUCCACACGGUUUUCCACCGUCCGUGAUAUUUCAGAUGGUUGUCAGUCAUUGUCAUUCUAUUUCGGAGACUUCAGCCAAGAUACACCGCAGAUCUCAGCCUUUACUUGCACUCAGCAGAUACAAGAAAUAGACACGAAAGUCAAUUUCCUACUGCCAGAUUUCCACAUCGAUAAAUCCAACCCUCCAGUCCCGGACGAGUCAACCAUCCGCUACGUGGGCAAUGAAGCUACAAAUGGUUCCAAAACUUUCCAGUACCCUAUUACUUAUUCGAUGUCCAACACAUUCGAGGCCGUAGCAGACAAAGCGGAUAACCUGAGCCCAUCACUUGGCCAGUUCUACUUCGCUGUCGUCUACGGCAAGUACGGCAUCCCUGCCAAUGAACUCAUUGGCCAAGCAAACAUCGGGCGCUUGGUAAAUGCAACGACGGAGAUGUACAGCCUUUAUAUGGCGCAAUUGCUGUCACUCAAGAUGCGAGAGACUUUGAACGCCAGUACAGCACAACGGCUUUCUAUUGAGCAGACUAUACAAGGCAAGCUCCACGGCAAUAACCUCAGGCUGGUACAGAAAGCACGACCGAAGCUGGCACUGCAGAUUAUGCUGGCAGUCAUGUUCGUUUGUGGCGUCGUAUCUUGGGUCAGCCUGCGUACCACCAGCUUACUGUUUCACGAUCCAUGCUCUAUUGCUGGCGUGGCGACUUUGCUUGCUGGAAGCCAGCUUUGGGGCAGUGAGACUCGCGGGUUGCUACCAGAUGGCGUGGAAUGGAUGGACGAUGAAGAGAUGGAGCGAAGAGGCGUUUGGAAGGGAUUGGUCUUUAGUCUUGGGUGGUGGCCGGGUGGAAGGUACGGUAUUGAUGUGAGGGUUCCGGCUGCUGCUUCGGGUACCAGUGGCGAGUGCAGGUGA